CACCAAGUAAUUAAGUGCAUCAUAAUUACCAUAAUCACUUUUACACUUAUGUGAUUAAGUGCUUGCACAAUAAUGGCUUCAGGAAAUGAAGAAGAGCUUGGUUUCAAUGCAGUUCCAGAUGAGACAAAGCCAAAGCAUCAUGACUGGGUCCUUCUGUCCCUCAGGGUGGUUGCAUUUUUGGCCACUGCAUCUGCCACACUUGUGAUGGCAUUCAACAAACAGACCAAAACUUUGGUGGUUGGCACAAAUGGUAACACCCCCAUAACAGCUACUCUCAGUGCAAAGUACAAUCAAACUCCAGCGUUUGUGUUCUUUGUGAUGGCCAAUGGAAAUGCCAGUCUCCAUAACUUGGUGAUGAUAGCAUUGGAUCUAUUAGGACCCCAAUAUGAUUACAAAGGACUCAGGCUUGCAUUGAUUGCAAUAUUAGAUAUGAUGACCAUGGCUCUGGCAUCAGCUGGAGAUGGAGCAGCAACAUUCAUGUCAGAAUUGGGAAGAAAUGGGAAUUCACAUGCAAGGUGGGAUAAGAUCUGUGACAAAUUUGGAAGCUAUUGCGACCGGGGUGGUGCUGCCCUCAUUGUCUCUUUCAUUGGCUUCAUUCUCCUUUUCAUUAUUACAGUGAUGUCCAUUGUCAAGCUGCUCAAGCCACAUCGCAUUAACCAUGCUUCUCCAUAAACAGACAUCAUUAUACAAAUAGUGCUCUGUUUUUUCUUGGUCAUGCUAUUCUCUGUGUUGACUUUCCUGUUUGAGUGUCAGUGUUUGAUGUAGGUAACUAAUUAGUUGUACCAGAAACCAGAAACACAAAUAAAGAUAUGGAUUAUAUAUAUUAUAUAGGUGACUUCUAUGGUGAA